AUGACCUUGGUGCCAGAUCGUGAUGGUGUCCGAUGUUCCAGCCACUGCCGGGGCAUGGUGGCCGCGAGUGAUGUCACUUCGGCCACAUUCUCGGAUGGCAAGCCGUGUUGUGGCGGCACCGGCAUCAGCGCCGGUUGCCGCUCCGCUGUGGGUCUGCGGAUCGGCCUGGACGGUGGCGGCGAUGGCGAUGCACGGACCGUUGACUCCGCCGAGUGGUACUCCAUCGCCGACUCGGUCGGCCUGUCGUACGGCCCCUCGCUGCAGGGCCUCCAAGAUAUCACAGCGUCCACCUCACGUCUGUUGGCAUCGGCCAGGGUUUAUGAUUACGAUGAAGACGAAGACGAAGCAGGGUAUGCGCUGCAUCCGGCCGUCUUGGACAUGGGGCUCCAGUUGAACCUAGUCGCCAUGUGCCAGGGGCUCGGCGACAAGUGCGACCUACUCUUACUGCCAACCUACGUUGAGGAGGUUUUGGUGGAAGCAGAUACCACACGUCUGCUGCAGAACAGGGAAAACAGCCCCCAGGCUCGGGAUGGCAGGCUGGAGAUGCGCGCCGAGGUCAGUUGGGUGCGGAAGGGCAGAAGCCUUCAAGGCACCGUCAUCGCCACCUCCAGCGGUAACAAAACCUCUCACAGCGAUCAUCUUGGUCCCCGGCUUUCCAUGCGAAACGUCAAGUUCAUGGCCAAACCGCCGACGGCCCGGCACACGCCCCAAGAUGCCCCCCUGACGACGACGCAGCCCCAUCUUGCGUCCGUCUUUGAAUGGGCCGCGGACGCCAAACUCAUUGAUUUGGACAGUGUUGAUUCAGUCGCCGAAAUGACCCGGCUGCUCGCCUUCAACAACCCGCGCUUACGCGUCUGUGUCUUCGCUCACGACGGCGACGUAGCCCUGGUCUCCGCCGUCAUGCGAGCCCUCGAGACCCAGGCCAUGUCCAACGGCAACGUAUUGGCAUCUCUGACGUACGCGGCCGCUGCGACGGCAGAGCUGAGUCUGGCUCAGCUUUCUCUGCAAGAGGGCGAACAAUACCAUGUGAAAAUCGCUCCCACAUGGCUAGACAUGUCUCAAAUCCUCUCGGCCCAGCUGGAAAAUCAUAGCGGUUUUGACCUUGUUCUCGUCGAUGGGCCCGCCGCCUUGACCAGGUUGUGCUCUAUCUCGGCUCCUUAUGAAACUCCUUUGCCCGUUAAUCCCGGGGGAUGGUUCCUGGUCGACCGCUCUGGUGGCGAGGCCAAGACUGAAACUGAGACCGACAGGAAGCUGGAGCAGCUCGGCUUCGCACUUGUGCGCCGGCGUUCUCCCUCCUCUGAUAUUACAAACAAAGUAUUUCACGCGGCAAGAGCUUUGCUGCCCGGACAUAGGAAACACGCCGGCUCGAGACAGCGACGUGUCGUCAUCAUACUCGCAACAUCCGCACUCGAAGAGCUGGCCCGGUCACUCCAGAGCGCCUUGGAAGAGUCCGACUUACGCUCCGAGGUUCGUGUCUGUCACUCCGGGGGCGAGCCGCUAUCUUCCGAUGACGAUGAGAACGAACAAACCGUCAUCGUAUCGAUGCUGCACCUGGAACAGUCGCCGGCAGAGGAAACACUCACUGCUAAGUCCUCCAGAAGCUACAUUGACAGCCUCCUCGCGGCUCGGCAACCCCGCGUCUGGCUUCUUCCGCCCCUUCAGCUGGGUAGUACAGGACCGGCAUCUCUGUGUCAUCGGCCCGACCCAGCGUGGCUGAUCGGUCUCACGCGCACCGCACGCACCGAGAACCCGGCACUAGACUUCACCACGAUCGAACUCGACACGGUUAACACGCCCGCCCGGAUCGCGGUCGAUGCCGUCGCUCGCAUCGUCGACAGAUUAACCCAGCUCGGCCCCGAACCGUGGUCGGAGAUCCUGCAGCAUGACAGGCCGGACAUGGACCGCGAGUUCGGCGUCACGCCGGACGGGACUGUGCUGAUUCCCCGGAUGACAUGGUCGUCCCUCGAUGACGCUGCCAGCUCUGUGGAAGCGGAUACCGCGGACCAAAUUGGCGGUCCGGGACUUGUGUCGUUCCGCGAGGACGCAAGCUAUCUGCUGGUCGGUGGCCUCGGCGGGCUCGGGAGGUCCGUCUGCCGCUGGAUGGCCGCACGGGGGGCACGCCACCUCGUGCUAUGUUCUCGCUCUGCCGCCGAGCCCGAAGAGGCUACGCUUGCCUUGGUGGAUAAGUUGGCCUUCAUGGGCUGCGCCGCCGUCCGCGUAAGCGGGUGCGCAGAAGACCGCUUGGCUGCCGAGCGCGCCGUCGCGGCAGCCGAUCACUCUGCUCCUCGCGGGCUCGCCGGCGUCCUCCACAUGCCCAUGGUCCUCCUUGACCGGCCGCUAACGGACAUGACCUGGGACGACUGGACCGCCGUCGUGGACCCCAAGGUGCGCGGUGCCUGGAACUUGCACAACACUUUGCGCAGCCACCGACGGAACAGGCCCGAUUUCUUCGUCCUCUUUAGCUCCGUCAGCGGUAUCGUGGGCCAGCGCGGCCAGGCCAACUACAACGCGGCCAAUGCCUUUCUCGACGCCUUCGCGUUGUAUCGCCGCGGCCUCGGUCUCCCAGCUAGCGUGCUGGACCUCGGCAUCGUUGGCGAUGUAGGAGCGGUGGCGCGCGACAAGGCGCUGUCGGCGCAGUUCCGCAAGGCCGGCUACGUAUUCCUGGGGGAAGACGCGGUCCUACAGGCCGUGAGCAUCGCCGUCAGCCCCUCCGCCCAGCCGCAGCUCGUUGUAGGCCUAGCGCGGGAUCCGUAG